UUUGAGUGUCACUGGGCCGGCUUGAUUGUAGGCCCCUGACUGCGGUCUAUGACCCAGGGCGCUGGGUCAGCUGAGUGGCGGUGGGAGCGUGCCGACCGCCGGGCCGGAGCGGCGGCCGGAGUCUGGAGUUGGAGCGGUGCCAAUAAAGGUCCGUGCUGAGCCUGGAUGUUACAAUUGGCGACGAGGUGAAUAUCGUGCUAUGGAAGAUGGCUGAAGGCUUCAGUUUAGCCCCAUUUGAUUUACGCGAAGAUGUGUGGGAAGAGUGGUUCGAGAGAUUUGAGUUUUACUUGGAUGCAAGAAAUGUGACUGACAAUGGCAAGAAGAAGUCCUACCUGCUUUCACAAUGCGAAGCGGCUUCCAGGGACGCCAGGAUCAUCGGAGGACAGGAGAGCACCGUCAACGAGAUCUCUGUGCCGGGUCGGGACGUGACGCCGGGUGGGAUCAAUGAAGUGCACGCCGGCCAACGCAGUCGCGACGUUUCAGGAGAUACAUCCGACUCCUGAGUUGAAGAAGCCAAAGUCUGUCCUCAGAACCUACACUGGAGCCAAGAUUCCGGUCGUGGGUGAAUUCAUCGCGGACGUGAAGUACAACAACCAGGCGAGAUGGCUUCCACUGGUGGUGGUUGGAGGAGAUGGACCAAACCUCCUCGGGCGCGACUGGCUUGGGAACCUGAAGCUGGACUGGUUCAACAUCUUCUCGGUAUCGACGCCUGGGCUUCGGUGUCAACUCGGCGGUGGCGUUGUUUCAGCGAGAGAUGGAGAAGUUGUUGAAUGGUAUGCCUGGUGUCUGUGUUUUCCUAGAUGAUGUGCUCAUUACUGGGAAAUCCCAGAACGACUGCUUACAGCGCACAUCUGCGGUGUUGGAGAAGCUGCAAGAUGCCGGACUCCGUGUGUCGGAGAAGAAGUGCAAAUUCUGCGUGGACAGCGUGGAGUACCUGGGACACAGGAUCGACGCUGAGGGCUGUCACCCCACAGAGGCGAAGAGCUUGGAGGAGGAGUUUGCAUUGGACUCCUCCCGGAUUGCUGCGCUGACGUCUCGGGACACUCUGCUGAGUCGGGUGCGGCAGGCCAUAGAGACUGGUGAGUGGCCUGACGAGGAGGACAUCCGCUCAUUCUUCCACAGGAGAGAUGAGCUGUCGGUGAUCCGCGGAGUGCUGCUGUGGGGCAGCCGCGUGGUCGUGCCUGCCAAGGCACAGAAGCACGUUUUACACGAGCUACAUGAAGGACACCCUGGGGUUCGGCCUCCCGGACACCAUCGUCUCGGACAACGGUCCGGCCUUCAUCGGGGAGGAGUUCCAGCGGUUCACGAGGAGGAACGGCAUCCGUCAUGUGAGGACGGCUCCUCACAGGCCGGCAAGUAACGGGUUGGCGGAAAGGUACGUCAAGGAAGUAAAGUAUGCGCUUCAAAGAUCCACUUCCGGAACCAUGUCCGUCAAACUUGCUAAAUGGCUGAUCAGCUGCCAUUCAACACCCAAUGCAACAACGGGGGUAACGCCUGCGUCUAUGAUGUUCGGUCGAGAGUUAAAGACGAGACUGCAACUUCUCAAACCGGACUUGGAACGGACUGUAGAGCAGCAGAAGGAUAGACAGAAAGAGUACUAUGAUAUGCGUACUAAAGGCCGUCAAUUUCAGGUGUCCGACAGAGUCUACGCCAGAGGCUUCGGGAGCGGACCGGUUUGGUCGCCCGGAGUGGUCGUCUCUCUCCUCGGUGCAACGAUGGCGGAGGUCCGGCUGGACGAUGGUCGACUGUGGCGCCGUCACUUCGAUCAGCUGCGGUCUGCGGGCGACUCUGCUCCGAAGAAUCGCACGGAGACGGACGUCUGCGACUUCGGACGGCUGCGGGAGAGGCGUGACCUGGCGGGUGGCGAGCCGGACGAGAGUUGGCUGGAGGACGAUCAGCAGGAGGAUCCCGUGGUGAUCUCGGACCGGAGACCGGCGGCUGACGCCGGCCAGCCUGAGCAGAGCUCGGAGAGUCCCGGAGUACAGUCGUCUCCGGCUGCUCGUCUCCCCUCUGGUGCGUGCGUGUGUGCGGGUGAUCAGACUUCGAGUGCGCGCGCGUGUACAGGUGAUCAGAGUCAGACUUUGAGCGAAGGGACUGCCACGGGCGUGACUCGGGAUUCUUUGGUGUCCCGAGGGCUGUCGGGCUCACUAGAGAGAGCGGAAGGUGUUCCGUCGGUCACACUGCGUCGAUCACAGCGUGAACGACGCAAGCCGGACUAUUACAGACCCGGUGCUGGGUAGAUAUGUGUUAAUGAACACUUGAGACUUCUGUGUAGCUGUUGUGUUCUUUUCGUUACUGAGCCAGGAAUGGCGUUUGUUGUUUGUUGUUGUUGUUGUUGUUUUUUUUUUUUUUUUGGAGGGAGGUAAUGUGAUGGUUUGAGUGUCACUGGGCCGGCUUGAUUGUAGGCCCCUGACUGCGGUCUAUGACCCAGGGCGCUGGGUCAGCUGAGUGGCGGUGGGAGCGUGCCGACCGCCGGGCCGGAGCGGCGGCCGGAGUCUGGAGUUGGAGCGGUGCCAAUAAAGGUCCGUGCUGAG